GCGAGCAGUUGAUCAUUGUGAUGGUGGCGGAGGCGGCGGCGGCGGCGGCAGCGGCAGCCUGGCCGAGCGGUAGCGGCUGCUCUCCGCGCGGCGCUUCGCCGAGGACUUCGGCGAUCUACUUUCGCGGUCGCCUCGGACUGUCCAUGUGUUUACUUGCCCCAGCCCGAGGACUCGAGGUCUAGGCUCCUGUGAAAUGCAACUGAGCAGCCAAAGUACUUUGAGAACACGGGGCGGCAUAAACACCAAAACUUUUUUGUGGAAGGAAAAUGCAAUAAGCAAGCUCGCCGUUUUCCGAUGCGGCGUGGAGUGAGUGUGUGGCGCGCGUGUCCGCACUGGGGGCACACGCUCGAGUGUGUACACGGGCUGUGUUUUUCGGUACGUGGGGAGAAAAUGCUUGCCAACCACCGGAAACCUCCUGGAAUUUAUUAGAAAAUAAUGGAUUAUUAAGAGGAGGCAGGCGAGGAGCGGAUCUCCCCCUGAGUUGCAAGCCGAUCUGCUGCCGGCUCAGUUUGUUGGGGUUCUAUUUGUUGAUAGGUGUCUGAUGGUAUUCCGAUAACACCCCCUCUCCUCUCCCCUCGAUCUUUAGUUUUUUUUUUUUUUUUAAGGAAACAAAAAACACCCCAAAAUCUCUCCCCCUCUUUUUUUUUCUUCGCCCCGUGGGGAUCGCUGUUUUCAUCCAUGUGCUUGCGUCUCCCCCGCGUUCCACUUAAACUAUUUUAAUCCCUGGACCCAAGGAGGAGGCUGAUAGGGGGGUGGAUUAAAAAAAAAAGUUCUUCCAAAAUAGUGUGCCCCGGGAGCAGGAUGGGGGAUUUCGCAGCCCCCACUGCCGCCGCGAAUGGUAGUAGUAUCUGCCUCAACAGCAGCCUGAACAGCAGCCUCGGCGGGGCCGGGAUCGGCGUGAUCGCUCCCAACAGCACUCCGGCUGCUCCGGGCGGCAGUCACCCCGCUGCCGGCGGCUCCGGGGGCCCCGGCGGCGGCUCGGCGGCCGUCCCCAAGCACAGCACCGUGGUGGAGCGGCUCCGCCAGCGCAUCGAGGGCUGCCGGCGGCACCACGUCAACUGUGAGAACAGGUAUCAGCAGGCUCAGGUGGAGCAGCUGGAGCUGGAGCGCCGGGACACGGUGAGUCUCUACCAGCGGACCCUGGAGCAGAGAGCCAAGAAAUCGGGCGCCGGCACCGGCAAGCAGCAGCACCCGAGCAAAGCCCAGCAGGAUGCGGAGGCUGCCUCGGCCGAGCAGAGGAACCACACGCUGAUCAUGCUACAAGAGACUGUGAAGAGGAAGUUGGAAGGGGCCCGAUCGCCACUUAAUGGGGACCAGCAGAAUGGUGCUUGCGACGGGAGCUUCUCGCCGACGAGCAAGCGCAUCCGGAAGGAUCUCACCGCGGGGAUGGAAGCCAUCAACACUUUGCCCAGCAACAUGCCACUGCCCUCGGCUUCCCCCCUUCACCAGCUUGACCUCAAGCCCUCUUUGCCCUUGCAGAACAGCGCUGCUCACACUCCUGGGCUUCUAGAGGACCUGAGCAAGAACGGCAGGCUCCCGGAGAUCAAGCUGCCCGUCAACGGCUGCGGGGACCUGGAGGACAGCUUUGCUCUCUUGCAGAGCAAGGACCUCAAGCAGGAACCUCUUGAUGACCCCGCCUGCAUAGACUCGUCGGAGACAUCCCUUUCGAAUCAGAACAAGCUGUUCUCUGACAUCAACCUGAAUGACCAGGAGUGGCAAGAGCUGAUAGACGAACUGGCCAACACGGUUCCGGAAGAUGACAUCCAGGACCUGUUCAACGAAGACUUUGAGGAGAAGAAGGAGCAGGAAUUCUCCCAGGCAGCCAUGGAGACGCCGCUCUCGCAGGAGAGUGCGAGUGUGAAGAGCGACGCCUCGCACUCUCCUUUCGCCCACGUCUCCCUGGGAUCACCCCAGGCCAGACCUUCGUCUUCUGGUCCCCCCUUCUCUGCUGUCUCCACGGGCGCCAGCUUACCAUCUGUGGCCAACACCCCGGUGGCUCCCAACCCCGCCGGGUCGCCAGCCAACUGUGCUGUCCAGUCCCCCCAGACUCCGACCCCAGCCCACACCCCAGGUCAAGCCUCAUCAAGGCCGGGCAAUGGCUAUCUCCUCAAUCCAGUUCCGGGGGCAGUAUCCGGUUCAGGGUCAGGCUCCGUGGCCGUGCCCAGCUCCGAUAUGUCCCCAGCCGAGCAGCUCAAACAGAUGGCUGCGCAGCAACAGCAGAGGGCAAAACUCAUGCAGCAGAAGCAGCAGAAGCAGCAGCAGCAGCAGCAGCAGCAGCAGCAACAACAACAGCAGCCAAAUCAGACUUCGAGUUGGUCUCCCUUAGGGCCGCCGUCCAGUCCGUAUGGAGCAGCUUUUACUUCUGAAAAACCAAAUAGCCCAAUGAUGUACCCCCAAGCCUUUAACAACCAAAACACAAUAGUGCCUGCAAUGGCAAACAGCCUGCAGAAGACGACCAUGAACAACUACCUCCCUCCCAAUCACAUGAACAUGAUCAGUCAGCAGCCAAAUAACUUGGGGACGAACUCCUUAAACAAACAGCACAGCAUCCUCACCUACGGCAACACGAAGCCCCUGAGCCACUUCAGUGCGGACCUGAGUCCGAGAAUGACGCCCCCCAUGGCCAACCCCAACAAAAACCCCCUGAUGCCCUACAUCCAACCGCAGCCUCCGCAGCCGCAGCCGCCCCAGCCGCAGCCACCCCCGCAGCAGCCCCCGCCGCCCCCGCAGCUGCAGGCGCCCAGGCCGCACCUGAGCGAGGACCAGAAGCGCCUGCUUCUCCUCAAGCAGAAGGGAGUGAUGAACCCGCCCAUGGCCUACGCCGCGCUUCCUGCCCACGGUCAGGAGCAGCAUGCAGUUGGUCUUCCCCGGAACACAGGCCCCAUGCAAAACUCUGUGCCCCCGGGGUCGGGAAGCAUGGUCUCCGGAGCCAGUCCUGGGGGUCUCGGCUUCCUAGGCAGCCAGCCCCAGGCAGCCAUCAUGAAGCAGAUGCUACUGGAUCAACGAGCCCAGCUGAUGGAGCAUCAGAAGCAGCAAUUCCUCCGGGAGCAGAGGCAGCAGCAGCAACAGCAGCAGAUCCUGGCCGAGCAGCAGCUACAGCAGCCGCACCUGCCCCGCCAGCACCUCCAGCAGCAGCGGAAUCCAUACCCAGUGCAGCAGGUCAAUCAGUUCCAAGGCUCACCCCAGGACAUAGCAGCCGUGAGAAACCAGGCAGCCCUCCAGAGCAUGCGAACGUCAAGGUUGAUGGCACAGAAUGCAGGCAUGAUGGGCAUGGGACCUUCCCAGAACCCAGGGACAAUGGCCACAGCAGCAGCCCAGUCAGAGAUAGGACUGGCUCCGUACAGCGCCCCUCCAACCAGCCAGCCGGGAAUGUACAGCAUGAACACGGGAAUGACCCAAAUGCUGCAACACUCCAACCAAAGCGCCAUGGGUAUCCCACACAGCCAAGCCCAGGGGCCCAGGCAGCCGGCCUCUAGCCAAGGGGUAGGCAUGGUGAGUGGCUUCGGUCAGAGCAUGCUGGUGAACUCGGCUCUUCCCCAGCAGCACCAGCAGCUGAAAGGACCCGUGGGCCAGGCUUUGCCCAGGCCCCAAGGCCCACCCAGGCUUCAGAGCGUCAUGGGAACGGUCCAGCAAGGAGCGCAAAGCUGGCAACAAAGGAGCUUGCAGGGAGUGCCUGGGAGGACUAGUGGAGAGUUGGGACCGUUCAACAAUGGCGCCAGCUACCCACUUCAGGCUGGUCAGCCAAGACUGACCAAGCAGCACUUCCCACAGGGACUGAGCCAGUCAGUCAUGGACGCCAACGCUGGCGCAGUGAGAACCCUCAACCCAGCGGCUAUGGGGCGGCCGAUGAUGCCGCCGCUGGCAGGACAGCAAGGUGCCAGCCAGGUGAGGCCACUGGUCAUGUCGGGACUGAGCCAGGGUGUCCCUGGCAUGCCGGCAUUCAGCCAGCCCCCGGCACAGCAGCCGAUGGCGGGUGGCAGCUUUGCUGCAGGCAACCAGGGCCAGGCCUAUGAGCGGAACCCUGCUCAGGACAUGUCAUACAAUUAUAGCGGUGAGGGUGCCGGGGCAGCCUUCCCUGGCCUCCCAGACAGCACAGACCUCGUGGACUCCAUCAUCAAGAGUGGCCCGGGGGAUGAGUGGAUGCAAGAGCUAGAUGAACUGUUUGGUAACCCCUAGUCAGGAGGGGCCCACGAGCCUCACAAGGUGAAAGAGAAACAGGAUGGUGACCCAUCCUUGUCUUUUUGUUUUUUUCUUUUUUUGACCCACGUAAACUGAGAAAACAACAUCCAGCUGACAGUAGAAGGUCCAGGUGUCGAUCCCCAGCUCCGUGGGGCAUUGUUCCACCUGACUUCCACAGAGGGAUCAAGCAGAGAGUCCAUGCAGAUACCUGCUUGCCGGGAAGGGAUGUGGCGAGCAUGUUGGGGAAGUCAAGGCAGGCAGCCCCUCUGCUAAGCACCGCUGGGAUCUUCUGGUCCAGAAAGAGCUGUUCCGGCCCAGAGGGACUAUGGCUCAAGAUGAGGUACCCUUAGGCCUUCCUGCCACAGGUCUCGAGACCUCAGCUUUGGAGAUAAGAGAUGGAGCUUCGGCCAAGAAAAAGAAAAAAAAAAAAAAAAGGGCCAGCAGAGGAUGCAGACGCAGGCCCUGUGCACAGGUCGGUCGGAAUGCUCUAGAUGCUGUUUGGAAAGAGGUGUAUACUUGCAGACAUGUUACUGGAGUGGGAGGCAGGAACUCCCCUGCGCUGGCCCUAGGGAGACAAGCCAGGCUCCUUCAGGCCCAUGUGUCUCCUGCCCAGCGAUGAUCCUCAGGAAUGGUAAGGCGUUGCCUCACCGAGAUAGCCAACUCUGCUUUAGAAGGGCCCAGCGAGAAGCCCUGACCGUCAGCUUCUGCCGGGGGCCAUGGUGGCCAGGUUGAGCUGGAUCCUGGAAUCCUCAUCCAGCUGGACACAUCUAGCUGGUUUUCAUCAGCCUAUGGCCGAAGGGCGGAAAGACCCCUGCUGAAUUCAGUGCCUCCGGCCCGGCCUCUUCCACCCUCACCACUGUCUGGGCCCCUCCUGGCCCCUCCGCCAGCCUGCCGGCCUUCACUCCUCCCUACAGACCAUCCAGGAAGUAAAGCGCCAGGGCAGAGUCAGAGUAAAUGCAAGAAGAAUAUAGACAGCGCCCGGCGCAUCCAGGCCAAAACUGGAAUCUUCUUCCACCGUGUGGAAAGUCAGGAUGGGCUGCACCCACAAGAGCUGCAGGUUCAUGAGAGCCACGCCCACACUUCUGAGGUGUGACCCCUGUCCUAAAGGCAAUCCGCUUCAGAGGCUGUGCAGCCGAAGUGAAAACUAAGGAAUGAACAGCCUCCGGGGUCACAAGCCUUGUCUCUCCCCUCCCACAGCUCCAUCUGGGAGGUCAUGUGGCAUUUGUCCAUGGGGUUUACUUCCUCCUAACCACACACAUGCACACACACAGACACACACAACCAUCCUACAAACUGGCUUUCUUCUAUGUCUUCACACACAUUUUACUGCAGAAGACCGGAGCCUGAAGUAGAAAGCUGAGGUGGAGCGCCAGGGAGAGGCUAGCCCUUGGUUUGUUCUUCAUACCCCAAGUUCCAGACCUGCUCACACCAGAAGUAAAGCCAGAGGCACUGGGGUAGAAGCUGUGGGCCUCUCCAAAGAGGUGGCAAGGUGACUGUGAAUCCCACAGUGAGGAGGUAUGCUGCCAUGAGGGCAGCGGAGUGGAAACACGUGAAAACCAAAAAAAAAAAAAAAAAAAAAAAAAAGCAAAUAAAAACACAAAAAAAUAUUAAAGUGAAAAAACAGAGUACAAAUUUAUCACCCUUUCCUGCCAGGUACAGGAAAGAAAUAUAUAAGCAAUGCUAAGAAACCUGAGGUGGAGACAGGGGGCUCAUUGUGUUUGAAAGGCCUCCCGUGAGUGCUCAGUCGGAGGACCAGCUGAUAGCGUGGUAGGUUUUAAUGAGGUCGUUUUGUUUUGUUUUUCCUACGGUGCUGAUGUAUAUGUAAUGUCUAAAAAAGUUAUUUGUACAUAAGUUUUUACAAUGCUACAGAUAUCACUGGGUCUACUAUAUGUAAAAAGUAUACAUAUAAAAUAUAUAUAUAUAUAUAAAAUGUUUGUUUAAAA